GAGAGAGAGAGAGAGAGACUGUCAGUGUUGCCAACUUAGUGAUUACUAAAUUUGGCGACUUUCCAAACCCUCAUGGCGACUUUUUUUUGUCAAAAGCUACUAGCGACAAAUCUAGCGACUUUUUUUGGUGAUAUUGGAGACUGACGUGAAAGCAAGUGUCGUUAUGCAGUUACUGUCCUCAACGAGCAGCGGGUGCUGUCGUGAGCCCCUCCGCCGUCCCACUCACAGGCGGCCAGUCUCCCAGUAGCCUGGCGCAGGAGUCCCAGCUGCAGUCAGAGCAGCGAGGAGACCCACACUCCGCGUUCUCCAGACUGCAAAUGAACCACGCAUUUGCAAAGCCACCGCUGAUCCUGCCCUGGCUUACAGAGCGGGAUGGCAUUUAUCUCGCAAUAUCCGAGAUAAUUAUCCCAGGGGACACGAUGUGGAACUGCAGUCCAUGGGCUCUUCUGCCUCCUGUCUACUCUCUGUUCACAGCCGCUGGACUGUGGGUGGUAUACUUUGUCGCUGUCAAUGAUAAGCAGAUUGUGCCCCUGAGCUUUCAAGGAAGCAGAGUAAAUAAAUCUAGGCGUCUCCCGUACAUAAGUAUUGCAGGGGACUUUCCACCAGCCAGCUGCAUCUUCAGUGAGGUCAUGAACCUGGCAGUAUUUGUGGGGUUGAUUAUUGCCAUCCUAAGAUACCUUCAGCUGAAACACACCACAGUCAAACCAUGGCUGAAUAUCAGUAGUCUUGUGGUUUUUUCUAUUUCCUGCUUUGGAAUGACACUUGUAGGAAAUGUUCAGUUAUCGACUGGUAGGCUGAUUCACGAACUGGGCACAUCUCUGACGUUUGGACUGGGAACACUCAUCUGUUGGGUGCAGUCCUGCAUCACCCUGAAGGUGGACUUCAGGAACGAGGGGAGGAAGGUUGCAAUCAUUCGUUUCCUGUUGUCUGGAGCUGCCACUGUCUCCCUGUUCAUCCGUCUCCUCCGUAUGAUGGACGACCUCCAGGGAGUCCGAUGCCAGUGGGCACUGGUCAUGUUCUUCCUCGCCUUCAUCGGCACUUUUGCCAUCGAGUUUCGUCACAGCCGCUUUGGGAUAUUGUGCACAGAUAACAUACAGACCCACUCUGAAAUGUAAAGGAACGAGCUGGACCAACUGUAGGGAUGUUACACUGACUCACAUCUGAAGAUCAUCAGGAUCAGCUGCUUGAGGCGCAUGGGUCUCAGAGGCCUUUACAACAUCUGAGGUUUUUUUUACUACAGUGUUACCAAUAGUGACACUUGAGGGUCACCGAGGACAUUGCCAUGUGAACUGGAGGUGCUGGGCAUCAAACCCCCUUCCCUCUGGUUAAUGGUCGACCUGCUCCAUUUUCAAAGUCAAAGACGCCAUCGCCCCAUGUUCACAUUUUUUUUUGAUUUCUCAUGUUUUGUAUUGAUAAACAUUUAAAAGUGAACUUGCUUUAUGUAUAAACAUUUUUUAUUUUCAAAUGCUUUAGUUUUUAGGGACUGUGAAUGCUGACAAUCAAUGAAUGCUGAUAUGCACAGUAAAGAAUAAAAUCGAUACAAAUAAAGAAAUAUUUGUCUCUUGUCAUC